AUGCCGCUGGCUUAGUUUUUGGUUGCAGAUAAAGAGAGCGCGCGCUUGCAGGCUGGAAAGUCAACUCGGUCCCGGUACAAUGGCUAUUCUCCCGAGUGAGCUGAAGUGACAAGUCGCUGUGCGGGGCAACACGUUUGAAGUUACUGUCUGUCUAACGGAAUGCGUGCGGCGCGAGCUGGGUUUUCUGAAGGUUUAUGAGGAGCUGGAGCAAGAGAUGAACUCCGAGCAGGAAAGGCCGUUCGUUUGCAGCGCUCCAGGCUGCUCUCAGCGUUUCCCCACAGAAGACCAUCUAAUGAUUCACCGCCACAAGCAUGAGAUGACCCUCAAAUUUCCUCCCAUCAAAAGUGAUAACAUGCUAUCAGACCAGACGCCAACUCCAACACGCUUCCUGAAGAACUGUGAGGAGGUAGGACUGUUUAGUGAGCUGGACUGCUCCAUCGAGCAGGAGUUCUGCAAAGUCCAAGAGGAGGAAGACACCAAACCGAAUAUUGCUCUUCAUGCACAACCAGGCCCCAACCAGCACCAGCAACCUCACAGUGGAAUGGCCAACCAUGAGAGCAGCAUAGUGAUACAGCAAGCAUUGCCAUCACCACAGUCCAGCUCAGUCAUCACUCAGGCUCCUUCCACCAACAGACAGAUUGGCCCAGUUCCUGGCUCUCUCUCGUCACUGCUACACUUGAGGAACAGACAGCGACAGCCUCUGCCAGCCUCCAUGCCUGGCACUCUGCCUGACCCGACCAUGCAGGGAUCUUCUGCUGUGCUCAUGCCUAUGGAGAGACAAAUGUCCAUGGGCUCCAACAUAAUGGGCAUGCAAGGCCCCACCCACAGCAGCUCCUGUUCCUCUCCUCAUGUACCAUCCAUGCAUUCAGAAGCAAAACUGAGACUGAAAGCUGUUCUGGCUCACCAUCCAGGGCCUAUCUCCAAUGGCAACAUGAAUACGAUGGGUCACAUGAUGGAUAUGAUGUCAUCGCGGCAAGAGCAGAGCGGCCAUCACCAUUUGCAUUCUCACCCUCACCAACACAUGCAAGCCCCGCCCCAUGGUUACCCACACCACGCCCACCACCAUAGCCACACCCAGACAGGCCACCACCACCCGCAGAGCCACGGGCACCAUAACUCUCACCCUGGCCAUCUACACCCUGCACACGGGCACCAGACGUCUCCUCACGCACCAAUGCACUCAGCUGCCCCUCAGUUAUCCCCGGCCGCACAGCAAAUGCAGCCCACGCAGACGCUGCAGUCUGGACCACCCAGUGGGGGUCGGCGCAGACGUGUAGUGGACGAGGACCCUGACGAGCGUCGCCGCAAGUUUCUAGAGCGAAACCGGGCGGCCGCUACACGCUGCAGACAGAAGAGGAAAGUUUGGGUGAUGUCUCUGGAGAAGAAAGCUGAGGAGCUCACCCAGACCAACAUGCAACUUCAGAAUGAGGUGAGCAUGCUGAAGAAUGAGGUAACUCAGCUCAAGCAGCUUCUACUGACACACAAAGACUGUCCCAUCACCGCCAUGCAGAAGGAGUCACAGGGUUACCUCAGUCCAGAGAGCAGUCCAGCAGGAAGUCCGACCCCUGUGACCCAGCAGCAGGUCAUCCAGCACAACACCAUCACCACAUCUAACACGGCCUCCAAUCACUGCACAGACAUCAACCCCAUCCACUAGAGACUCUCUAUGUCUUAGACACUCGUACAGCUGCACCACGAGCUCCGUGAACAAAGGCACACCUCUGCGCCUCUGUGGCAACUCUUUCUUCCAUAAGUAUUUGGUACAUGUAAAUCUCAUGGUUUCUUUGGUGGGUUUUUGGUUGUUUUGUUUUUUAUUUGAAAAUAGUUUUAAAAAGAGGCCUAUCAAAAUGAAUCCAGUGCUGAAAUUUUUAGCAUGACCUGUUCACACAAAGUCAAGGUACAAAAUUACAUAUAUGAGGAGAGAGUUUGAGACUUGUGUUUCUGCGUGUUUUACUGAUUUACUGACUGUCCCUCAAAUACUACUGCCUUCCCACAUAUGCAACAGUCAAUUUGUAGCCUUGGUGUGUCCGUUCUCAUUGCUCUGAACUAUAAUGCCAAAAAAAAAUCUGUUUCUUUUGUAUCUGUUUGUAUUUACAAAUGAUUUAUGGAAAUUAAUUGUCCUGUCAAACUUCCAGUCUCCUGCAAGGCGAUGAACUAAGAAAACCUAAUUGAUAAUCCAUUAUGUAUUGAUGACAAUAAUGAUGUUAAAUGGAAGCAAUAUACAUCAGUCUGACGAAUACUCAACAACUUGGCUGUCAUUUUCUUGUCAAUUUACCAGAUUUAAUUCACAUCACAGCAUCAGUAGUGCAGUAAAUUACCUUGCUUGGCUGGUGCUUGGCUGUGCUGCUUUUAGCAGCAGCCAGUAAUUAUAAAAUCAAGUUACAUCACUUAGUGUGUUUAAGUUGAGUUUCUGCCUUGUUGAAAAUUCGUCAGGUUUCUGGUGAGGCCCACUGUUUGUGUGUAUGUGUGCGUGAAUCUCAAUGGCUGCUCUAGCCAUAUGCUGAAUCUCAGCACGGUGACACUCUCGAGACAUCUCUACUUACUAAAACCUCUGGGCCAAAUUACAAAGGCCUUCUGUAAAGUAAGAAAAUAAUGUAAUCACCAGUAAUCAAUGUUUGUUUAAACCUGCAUGGCCAUCGUCCUGUUGGAUGAAUAUGAUGUUGCCUUUUUUUUUUUUUUUUUUUUUUUGAGCAUGGCCAGAAGAGUCUGUCUCUUGGUUGCUCCUUAAGUCUAUGAUUAUGCAGUAUGUAAUAUGAUCAUUCAGUCUAACAGGCUCAACAGAUGUUGAUUAGAUUGUCUGGAUUCAGAGACAUAUCCAGAUUGGGUGCGUAAGAAAGCUUUACGAGCAGCUCUUCCUCUCAAGGACCAAGCAAAGGCUCAAUAGAGGUCUACAGAAUUUCCUAUAGCAGAUAUGUAGGGGUCUGCAGGAGGUCAAAUCUGCUGCUGCACUGGAGAUCUUCAUAUUGAUAGCAGCUUCUUCUUAUUAUAAGGACAUUCCAAUGUGAACCCUAUUUUUUGCCCUUUGUAUCUUUGUUUGGUUGUUUGUUAAAAAAAAAAAAAAAGAUCUCUUUACCUCAGGACUGCAUAAUCCCAGACACGAAGCUGCCUACUGAGUGGCUGAGCAGGCCUUGAAGCCCUGAUGAGGUUAUAUCAAUUAGCUGUCUCCCUUUAACUUCGACUUUUACGUAGCGCUUUCGUUUUGUCUGCCUCUAAGAGAAUGUAGCAUUUUACUAUUUCUAAACAGGUACCAAUCUAAACUAUGCUUUUCCAACUCUCACAUUGUGCCUGAACUAUUUUGUGACUUACUCACAUGCAAAAGAAUGUCAGUCAUUAUUAAUAUCAAACAUUUUUUUUGUGUGUGUGUGUGUGUUUGUUGAAGAUUUUAUGCUCUUUUGUAAACGUUCAGACUAAUUGCUUGCUUGCAUGGAGCUGUUCCUGGGGAUUCACUUUGGUGGACACUUGGGUAUUUGUCUGGACCUCGGAAGCCUGCGAUGAGAGCACCUUGACCUUCUUUGACUUUUCCCAGGCAUCCACGGUCAAACCCAACUAAAUUGUUACGUUUGCGCCAAAAUGUCCCCCCUCAACAGGAGAAAGGGUCCUUCUUCCAGCAGCUGAACUCUCAAGUAUUCCACAGCUUGUCAAGGACAUUUUAACCUUCUUAAUUGGAACAUAUUGAUUUCCUUCACCUUCCCAUGCAGCACUGUGUCCGGAGCGGGAGCGUGCUAAACCACCUCCGCAUUUAGAGGAGGAUCCAUGUAGCUGUCUAUGCACUUUGACCUCUGCGAAUACAGCAGAGUUUGAAAUAGCCAUAUUGAAGACUCAGUGAUUCUUCUGUUCCCACACCAGCGAGAUGCAGCCCCUGUCAUCCCAUGGAGACAGAGGCAUCGCAGCCUUUUGUAUCUCCCAAAAACAAGGAGUCCCUUAAUGGGCCAUCCUACUGGAAUCCAAGGAUAUGUAUAUCUUCACUUUCAGACUUUGUGUCUAGAUGCUCUUAUAGCUUUAAAAAAUUUCAGAUAUCUCUUUAAGAUGUCUCUAUCUACAAAACGUUGUAGAUAACCUUUGUAGGUUUUUUCACACUGUGAAGGUGGCUGGGGUAGUAAUGUGAAAUAGAACAAUAAUGUUUUCUAUUGAGUCUAGAGACCUCAUGCAUUGUGUUUGCAUUCGGUCAGUUGCAGGAGUUUCCCCAAUGAACAAUGUAACUGAAGCCAGCACUUGCUACAUGUAGCAUUGUAAAGAGGCUUUUUCCUUUCUGUUUUUUUUUCCCCCACGAUUUGUUUUGUGGUUUGUUACAGCUUAACACGAACCUGAUCAUAGUACAUAUGUGUCAUCUCAGUGUGCAUUUCAGUACUGCACUCUAGUUCCUGCA